GGCUGUGCACAUUUAAUGGAAAUGCAGAAAACCAGCAGCGCUGCACACAACAUCCACCAUCAUCACCAUCACCGCCAUGGCCUCUUUGGCGAGUCUCUGAAUGGUGUGAGCGGCUUUGAGGGCGCUCCCAUGCAGCAAGUGGAGGCGUUAGAGCGCGGCACACUUCCCCGGAGGUCAAAGCAGCAAAAGCCAAGGUUUGCAAUGAGCAAAAAGAUUUUCCCCUGGAUGAAAGAGUCCAGAGACUCAAAUCAGAAACUCGGGAGGAGAAUCGCAGAUUGCACCGUCACCGAUAAGUGUCCGGGUAGCGCCACCCCGGCCUCCAAGCGAACGCGCACCGCGUACACGAGCGCGCAACUGGUGGAGCUGGAGAAGGAGUUCCACUUCAGCCGCUACCUGUGCAGGCCGAGGCGCGUGGAGAUGGCCAGCCUGCUCAACCUCCACGAGAGGCAGAUCAAGAUCUGGUUCCAGAACCGGAGGAUGAAGCAGAAGAAAGACGAAAGGGGUCAGGGCCUCACUCCAGCCACCGUCACCACCUCCUCUUGCUCUCCCUCUUCCUCCCCGUCCGCUCCGGGCAGCCCCACUCUGAUGAGCCUGGGUUAUGUCCAUCUGGGCGGGGACUACCGACCGGCCUCCCCUCCGCUCAGGCCCCAACAACAGCCUGCGUGCCCGGCAGACUACUCUAAAUAUCCAGUUCCAGACUUCACGCACGGCCUGCAGUUUGAUGUGCAGUACAGCACACACACCACCUCACACACACCAAACCACAACCUGGGAGGAAAUGAUCUGAGCGGGUCAUAUUUCUCACAGAGCUGCACUCCUCAGGACAGAAUCAUGAAAGCUCCCAAACUGACCCACCUGUAGCGCACAGUGUAGAGCACUACUGAUAUAUCUCCAUGCAUGCGUUAUUUAUUUAUAGGACUAAUUAAUCAGAAAAUUAGUCUCAAGUUUGAUUUAUUUGUAUUUAUACACAAUUAUUCACUGUCUUUUAUAUACACGGUUUAAGUUAUUUUUUUUUAUUCUAACUUUUCGUUUAAUAAUUCAGACAAACAAACAAACAAAAAGCUAAAAUAGUAUCCCAACAGACUUGAUCGCGAGAAUAAAUUAAGAGCCGCUCUGCUUGGAAGAGGAGCGGAGCUUGUAGGGUUGGGAGGAUUUUACCUUGUAGGCAAACUGUGGGUAACUGUUAAGCAGGAAAAGGAAGAAGCCGUGGAGAGGGGGGGGGGGGGGAAGCGUCUAUCUUUGUUCUUUUAUGGGCAAAAUGGGCCAAACAAGCUGUCAGUCUUUAAAAAGAGGCAUGAUGGAUCACUGGAGUCACUGCAAUGCCUUUUCCCCCCUCUGCCUUAUUCGGUGUCUGUCUCCAGGAUCCACGCAGUCGGAAAGUGUUUUAAUAAUAAGCCAAUUAUUUAGGGAGAUACAACAAGUAUGUUUUCAGUAAAUUAACGUACUUAAUGUCAUUAAAAACAGAGAAUUAAGCGAACUUAGUGCACGACAAAAAAAUGUCAAUGAAAACCGCUGCAGGCCGCAAAAAAUGCAAAUGGAAAAAUUAAUGCCGAGAUUUUUAUUUUAUAUUAUUUAUUCAAUACUAAAAU